AUGUCCACGACCACUACUACGACGAAACUCCGCCGUAACUCACGCAUCCGGCGCGCCUUGAAAGCGCCCGACCGGCCUGUCGCCAUCCGGAGGGAAUACAUCACCGACCGCAAGACUACCCUCGUGCUCAGACCCGUGGGCGACUCCAGUUCCGAGAUCUCCUACAGCAUCGCCGACCUCGACGGGAUCCCCCAGUUCACCGUCACCGGUCGCAAGUUCAGCAAUCGGCCCUGCCGAGAGUUCCGCGACGCCUCCGGACUUCCGCUCUUCGAGCUCCAUCGCAAGAUUUCCUUUCGGCAGGCGUGGAACGUCUGCCUGCCCGGGAGCAAGAAGGCAACCAUUGCCAGCGCCGUGCCCCGGAGGUCCUUUUCGGCCACCCAGUUCGGAAACUUUGAUCUCGCGUUCGAGAACUUCGCCGCCUUCGAGUGCAAGGGCGCUGAGGAUAAGAAGGUCAACUUGGAGAUCGAGAAGCACGGGAAUGUCUUGAAGACCUUUGACGUCGUGGACGGGGAUCGCAAGAUUGCUGAGAUCCGAGAGAGUAUUCCGCACAAUCGGACCCUGGCUUUAAUGCCGGAGUCGAGAAGAGGCUGGCGACCCAUCAUGGAUAUUGAUAUCAUGCCAGAGGUAGACAUUUCACUGGCGACGGUCAUUGCGGUCAUUGCGUCGGACUAUUGUUUUAGCGCCAACUACUGUUAG